AUGGGUCUAAGAGCAUUGCCUCUUCAACAUAGCGGUGGGUUCGUCUCCACGACCAAAGUACCGUUCUCGAGAACCUCGCCGAGAAUUAGCCGGAAUCCUAGAUGGGUCGUUGUGUCGGCGAAGCAAGAGAAGGAUGAUGAGAAGAAGAAGGAAGAUGAGACUUCGUUGUUCACUAGACUAACAGAUGCGUUGGAUUUCUCACAGGUUCGGUCGGAGAAAGACGCCGAGCUUCUCUACGAGGCCCGUGAAGCCACCAAAUCUGGCGGCAAGAUGAGCAAAGAACAGUAUGGGGCAUUGAGAAGAAAAAUCGGAGGGACAUACAAGGACUUUUUUAAAUCCUACGUUGAAGUGGAUGGAGAAUAUGUGGAGGAAGGAUGGGUGGACAAAACAUGUAAAAUAUGCAAGAAGGACACAAAGGGUGAGGCAAGACAAGUGGAUAAGCUAGGGAGAUAUGUUCAUGUCUCUUGUCUUCAAAACCCCCCCACUUCUUCUGGAAAUUUCUUCACCAGACUCUUCUCUAGAUAG